AUGGCGGAGGAGACAUCAGUUGGAGACAUUGAUAAUGCAGCAAGCAUACCACAACAGAACGGCGCCUUCCAUCCGCAAUGGCAGGCAACCGACGCCGUCCAACUGCAACCCUCAAACCUCACCUUGUCCAAAGCAACGCGCGCGUGGGAGCGCAAACCUCUCAGUCCUUUCUCGCGACAACGCUUACGCGUGGGCAAGGUGUGGAAGCGACCUGCGAAUUCUCUAAAGCCUGCUGCUUCAGAUGGUGGAGUUGAGGAUGAGAGCCGCUCGACGAAACGACGGAAACAGCAGACUUCGUUGCAAGGCGGGAUGAAGCCGGUGAAGAAGAUGUGUUUGGAGUCGAGCUUUGGGAUGGGCGCGCGCGUGGUGGGGUGGGAAGGCUGUGAGAGCCCGGUGAGGAAGAUCGUCACGCGGAGUAGGGCCGAGCAGGGCGGAGAGGAGAUUGUUGCUUUAGCUGAGGAAGAUGAUGUGGGUGUUCGCGAUGAUGAGGUGGCAGUGGAAGACGAGAGGGCUACGAUCGAGAUACUGGAUGAGGACGGCACGGUACUGGACGUGGAUCCGGUAGAUGGAGGGCAAGAGGCGGGAUGGGAAGAUGAGAAUGAGGCAGGGGAUGAGGAUCAUGCUGCGGAUGCGGAAGAUGACGAGCGAAGCGCAGUGACACAGCUUCUGGACGCGAAUGAACAUUCUGCGACUUCUACCGUCGAUGAUAAUUCCAUACCGGAUGCUGCGGAAACAGCAUCGCUCGACAGCAAGGUAGAAGAGGCUGCCGCAGUUGGCGAUUUGGAUGAGGGCAGUCUCCAUGACAUCGAAUCCAAAGACGCGCUCGCGAUCCAGCUCGAAGGGUCGUCAGUUGGAGGCGCCGCUUUGGAGGACAGUGACCGAGCUGUUGCUCGGCUUCCGCUGCCAACAGGCAGUAAUGCCACUCUACCCGCCGGCUUUGUGUCUCCCGCAAAGAGACCUAGACCUAUGAGAAGGAUAGAGAAGUUGUUCUCUUUCGGCUCACGACGGCGAACGCUUCCCGUGCAAUUUGCGCCCGUUCUUCCUGCAGACAACGCCUUGGGUCCGCAAGCAGACCAGCCGAUAUCAGCUGACACGAAGGAUGAUACCCAACAGCCCGGCGACGUGGAGGCAGUCGACCGCUCUGCGUUGGCGAACAUGGACACAGCGUACGCUGAAACGUCUUCCGUGCAAGAAGUGAAAGGCACGGACCACGAAUGGGAAGAUGUUGAAGACUCAGGCUCUGGAUCAGACGCGAUGGACACAGACGAAGCUUUGCCAUCUGGUGGAGAGGCUUUCGAUCCUCCGUCUGACAGUUUUGAUGAAUUCGAGCGUGAUGCUUUCGCCGCCGCCAGUUCCAACACCGCACCAGUCAUCGAUACUGCUUCCAGCAAGCUUCAGUCAAGCCCGACGCCUACUAUCGAAGGUCAACACCCACGGCUGCCGCUCCGCAGAUCUUCACGCAGAAUGUCUACCAGCCCCAUGAAACCAAGCUCCAUCCUGCCUUCAGCCGAGAGAUCGCACCUCAUCGCUUUUACUCCGCUCAAGGGCGCCCUUCCCACCGAUCGAUCGUCGGGAGGACAACAUGACACGACUGGUGCGGAAUCAGAAUACCGCCACCCACUAUCCUCAAGUCCUCUCGAGCGCGCUGCGUCCGCUCCACCUGAGGAGCUGCAGAUGUCGCCGCGGAAAUCGUUUAAGCCACGUAUCUCGGACGACACUGCACUUCUUCAGGCUUUCCUCAACCGCGCUGCUCAGAACAGAGGCUCUAGACGUAUGUCUGCUACCAAGCAGGAGUCGUUGGAGAAUCGCCGGGAGUCUGACGUUGUCCGGCAUGCGCUUGCCAGUCCCACCAAACCUGACGUCCUGGCUGAAUUGGACGCUAACAGCCCGUCGCCGCGGAAAGCAGUACGAAGUCACGAUGCAGAGCAGCCCAGCGCACCCUUUAGCGAGAACGAGCCUCUCAUCGACAAUUUCUGGAACCGGGAUGAUGCUGAAGCGCAGAAACCCAGAGCAGAGCAAGAAGAGGAACAGCAGCCGCUCCUUGACGAAGAAGAUGCCUCAAGCUCAGUCGGAUCUCGCAGGAGGCGAAGCGGCCGGAACUCACGAAGGCAGCAAUCAACGACACCUGGACCGAAUAAGAUCUCUAUCAAGGGCAGCGCGUCUGAGGGCGUAGUCUUGAAGCGAUCCGAGGCGCAAGAGUUGGCUCUGCUGACCAGGAACAACACGCGCAAGAAUAAAGGCGGAAGCAUAUUGCCUCCAUUACGAUUGACGAAGAUGGCGAUGCAGUUUGGCAAUCCCGACGUCGCGGCUGAUGGAGCGGAGGAUGACGCGAUGGACACGAAACCUGAAGGAGCCAAAGGCGUGAGAUGGGCGGAAACACUGGUGGAGUUUUCGCAGAAUGGCGAAGUGAGCGACAGCAGCGUGUUGAGCGAUGAGCUGAGCGCAUCAACACAGCCAGAAACUGUCGACAAGGAAAUGUCAGAACCCGAUGCACCCUCGAACUCUGUAGCCACUCCUGCCGACGGUCUGGCUACCGCACCUCCGCCGUCAGAAACCCCAAGCAAGCCUAAGAUUCGCAGACUCAGAGCACCACGCACAGCUGCGACACCUGGGAAAGCGCCUCCGCUUCCGUCAAUCUCCACCGCUGUCGAUGAGCCAACUACAGAGGACCAACAGGAACCAAAAUCUGCGACAAGAUCGGCCCCAACCAAACGUCGCUCCCGCAUCGCUACACCAGCGAAAGGUCUUACCAACUCCUCUCUUCUACCAACCGAUGUAGAGCCACAGCCCGCGGCCCCUGAAUCGAGACCAGCGCCUGCGCCGUCAAACAAGCGGAAAGCGCCGGUCAGCAAGCUUCCUGCCCCAGCACCAGCGACUUCGGCCUUCACCAGCUCGGCGCUGGGUCAAGGCAAGGAGAACACGACUUCGUUUCUCGCGUCGCCGCCAAAGAAGAAGGCAAUGGGGUUGCCGAGUUCUAAGGGUUUUGCGCCCAAGCUUGAUCUCGGAGCUCAGACAAAAUUGGCGCCUGCCACUGGAGCUGGUGGGGCCGGGGGUGACGAGGGCCCACCGCCAGGGCUGAUGAGUCCGGCGAAGAAAGGUGGCCGGGGCAGACUGGCGAGUGGUUUGGAGAAGCCUGAAGGAGGGUUGGGGAAAGGUGGUGAGGAGCAGACGGAAAGAGGGCUGGGGCUCAGCAGUCCUGCGAAGAAGCGGACGAGGAGGGCAGUUUAA